UCCCUUUAGGAAGUUUCCAUGCAAUUUCCUUCCACCGAAUUCAUACGUUUAUAUAUUGAUAUCUCAUCUUCUACCUUUCACUGCAAUUUCCCUAAACCACUCCCAAAAAAAAAUAUCUUUCAUGGCUUUUACCUUUAUUUAUGCUCUUCGAUCUUCGCCAAUUGCUCCCCUUUGAAACUAAAUGGCAACCUCUAAAGUUUCCAAGGCUUCCAAAUGGUUCUCAAACAUGACCCUUAGGUUAAGCCUUCACCGCCGUCUGUCCAAGUCUAGCUCAACCCUUACCUCUCCCGGAUCGUCACCGUCGCCUUCUCGUAAAACCCCGAAAAGGCCUCAUGAGGAGAUGAAAGAAGUGUUUCGCUAUUUCGACGGCGACGAGGACUGGAAAAUCUCGGUUCAUGAACUUAGGGCAUACUUCGGGUCCAUCGGAGAGUACAUGUCACAUGAAGAUGCUCAGCUGGAUAUCAAAGAAGUCGAUUCUGACGGGGAUAGCAUGUUGGACUAUCAAGACUUUUUGAACAUGAUGAAAGUAGAAAACGGCUACGACGACGAUCUGAAGAAGGCGUUCGAGAUGCUCGAGUUCAAGAAAGGUUCGGGUUGCAUAACUCCGAAAGGGUUGCAAACGAUGUUGAAUCGCCUUGGGGACGUGAAGUCUUAUGAGGAGUGUGUUGCAAUGAUUCGGGUUUAUUAUAUCGACGGUAACGGGGUGCUUGAUUUUCAUGAGUUUCACCAAAUGAUGGCUUAAUUCAAUAGUGUACGUACGUUCAUGCCUUUAAUUAAGCAAUAUAUUAUCCCUCAGAUUCGCAAGGCCA